GUCCUUUUGGUUUAAGAGUUUCUUGUUCUUGUAUUACUGUUGGGAUUCCAAAGCUUUCAACUUUUUCUAAUUUUUACCCUUUCAAUAUUUUGAGGCUUGAAAAAGUGAUACUUUGAUUCGUUUGUAGAUACUUUGUUCAUUGUCCUUUCCUAAUUUCAAUCCUUAAAAUUUUUCUUCGACUUCACGCCAAUGAACGCUUGGAGUCUCGUAGAUAAAAGUGAAGAAGUUUUUUGAUCUAAUAUACAAUCUCCUCUAUUUAAGCUGGAAAAGUUUGUCUUGUGAGUUGUAUUUGAUUCUUAAAGUUCUUUCUGAUAAAAAAAUGGAAUUCGAGGACCGCUACGGGCAGGUUCAGAGGCCUAAAUAUGAAUGCCUGCUGUUUGAUCUGGAUGAUACUCUGUAUCCUCUUAGUUCUGGUCUUGCCACAGCAUGCCUCAAGAAUAUAAAAGAUUAUAUGGUCGAAAAGCUUGGCAUAGAUAAGAGUAAAAUCCCCGACUUGUGCAACCUGCUGUACAAGAAUUACGGAACAACGAUGGCUGGUCUUAGGGCAAUUGGCUACGACUUUGACUAUGAUGAAUACCACAGUUUCGUUCAUGGGAGAUUGCCAUAUGAGAACUUAAAACCCGACCCAGUUUUGAGAAAACGUUUGCUGAGCCUGCCAUACCGUAAAGUUAUUUUCACAAACGCAGACAAGGUCCAUGCAGCCAAAGCACUUAGCAGGCUUGGAAUAGAAGACUGUUUCGAGGGAAUUAUCUGCUUUGAGACCCUGAAUCCAACUCACAAAAGCACUGUUUCAGAUGAUGAAGAUGACAUUGAGUUUGUGGGAUUAUGCAAUACACCUGAUAUUCCUGCCAUAAACUCAAGUGCUAGUACUGAAAUAUUUGAUAUCAUUGGGCACUUCGCUCGGCCUGAUCAUCUUGGUUUGGCAUUACCAAAGUCACCCAUUGUCUGCAAACCAUCAGUUGACUGCAUAGAAAAGGCUCUCAAAAUAGCGAAAAUAAAUCCUCAGAGAACUUUGUUCUUUGAGGACAGUGUCCGCAACAUACAAGCUGGAAAACGUGUGGGUCUCCACACUGUUUUAGUUGGCAGUUCCCAGAGAGUUAAAGGUGCAGAUUACGCCUUAGAAAGCAUCCACAACAUCAGGGAAGCAAUACCAGAGCUCUUGGAGGAUGACAUGAAAUCAGAAGUUGCUUACUCCGGCAAGGUUGCAGUUGAGACUUCUGUGACAGCUUAAAUUUAUAUGUUACCACCAAUGCCAUCCAAAAAAGAAAAACAAGGAAAAAGAAUAUCAUGUAUUUGGGAUCUUAGAAUUCCCCAAUGCCAAUAUCUCAUUGUGCAGAUGAUGUAGAUGUCUCUUUCUGAUUAAUUAUAUUGUCACAAAGUUGUCAUUUUCUC